AUGCGUGAGAUUAUGCACAUUCAGGUCGGCCAAUGCGGCAACCAAAUAGGCUCUAAGUUCUGGGAGGUGAUCUCAGACGAGCAUGGCAUCGAUCCGACGGGCAACUAUGUCGGGGAUACAGACCUACAGCUGGAGCGCAUCAACGUCUAUUAUGAUGAAGCGGCGGGUGGCCGGUAUGUACCCAGGGCGGCGCUGAUUGAUCUGGAGCCUGGUUCCAUCGACUGGGUUCGGUCUGGCCGGUUUGGCACCAUCUUCCGCCCGGACAACUUUGUGGCGGGCAAAGGAGGGGCAGCCAAUAAUUGGGCUAAAGGACACUACACGGACGGUGCCGAGCUGGUCGACAGCAUCAUGGAGAUUGUCCGCAAGGAGGCCGAACAAUGUGAUUGCCUGCAGGGCUUCCAGCUGACCCACUCGCUAGGGGGCGGCACUGGCUCCGGCCUGGGAACCCUCAUCAUUAGCAAGGUCAGAGAGGAGUACCCUGACAGAAUUAUGUGUUCCUACUCCGUCGUGCCGUCUCCAAAGGUGUCUGAUACCGUGGUGGAGCCGUACAACUGCACGCUGGCCAUUCACCUACUGGUGGAGAACACGGACGAAACAUACAUCAUCGACAACGAGGCUUUGUACGACAUCUGCUUCCACACGCUCCGGCUGACAACCCCCACCAACGGCGAUCUGAACCAUCUAGUCUCCGCCACCAUGUCCGGAAUAACUACCUGCCUGAGAUUCCCCGGCCAGCUCAACGCAGACCUCCGCAAACUGGCAGUCAACAUGGUGCCUUUCCCCCGGCUCCACUUCUUCAUGACUGGAUUCGCGCCAUUGACUUCCAGAGGCAGCCAGUGGUACAGGAACCUCUCGGUUCCCGAGCUCACCCAGCAGAUGUUUGACGCCAAGAACAUGAUGGCGGCCUGCGAUCCCCGACAUGGCCGUUACCUCACAGCUGCCACCGUCUUCCGAGGGAAGAUGUCGAUGAAGGAAGUGGACGAGCAGAUGCUGAACGUGCAGAAUAAGAACAGCAGGUACUUCGUGGAGUGGAUCCCCAACAAUGUGAAAACCGCCGUGUGCGACUAUCCGCCGCGCGGGCUCAAGAUGUCGGCCAUCUUCAUGGGGAACAACACAGCCAUGCAGGAGCCGUUCAAACGUGUAGGGGAACAGUUUACCGCCAUGUUCAGACGUCGUGCUUUCUUGCACUGGUACACGGGUGAAGGCAUGGAUGAGAUGGAGUUUACCGAAGCCGAAUCCAACAUGAGCGACCUCGUGUCGGAGUACCAGCAGUAUGAGGAGGCUACGGUCGAGGACGGAAUCAACUUCUAUGAAGAAGAGGAAGAGGAGGUAUAA